AUGUCAUCCGCAGACUUUGCAGACCCUCUAAAAGGUCCAAAUGGCGUCAUUGGAGGCUAUGGCUGGAAUGUGGCGCCGUGCCAUGAUGCUCUUGGUCCUGAACGAACAAAGAGGAUGGCAGCCAAGAUCGAAGAGGGGAGGCUGGGGAAGAGGAAGAAAUUGCCGAAAGACGAGAAUGCCUGGGACAACCUCUCUUCGCACCCAUCCGCCUUCCUGACUACCAAAGAUGGUAAACCCAGACUGUUUCCCUUCCCUCUAGGUAAAGCAGGAGGCAGUCAAGGUCUCAGAGGGGAAUUGUGGUGGGAAGCAGGCAACGCAGCACAUGUAUGGGCAAAGAGACUGUCCAAUAUCAAAUUACUCAUGGGCAUUAUCGUCGUCGGCUUGUUCCACAGAAAAGCAGCCGUGGUUGCUCUGGCCGGACUGAUCUACUACGUCUUCGCGACGGAACUGGCUGGGAUGCUGAAACCAAAGGAGAAGGAUCCAGACGACGACCCGCCGACCAGAAGACGCAAGGUACCCACGACCCCCGGAAUGGCCAUGACGUACCUGUACGAACCUACUGGUAAUGGAGGCGUCAGGGAAGCAGGGUCAAUACCAGUCAAUGCGCCGAGCAACCGAUUAAUGACCAGCACAGAUUCGAGAUAUGCUUCGUGA